ACCCGGUGGUCCCGGGGCAGCUCCAGCUCCAGCUCCAGAGCUGGCGUGGCGGGGAGAACUGCGAGCCCCCAACGGGUCGGUUUGUGACUUCUCCCCUGAAAACAGCGAGGAACGCGCCGUUCGGGCAAAACUGGACUCCAGCUUCCGACGACAACGUUGGGACGGAGAAUCUCGGAGUCCCGAAGGACAAGUGAGCGGCCUCAGGGGAAGGACGGCUCGAGGUCACCAUCCAUACCGCCAUGGCUGCGCCCGCCCGCCGUCUGUGCCACAUCGCCUUCCACGUGCCCGCGGGGCAGCCCCUCGCCCAGGAUCUGCAGCGCCUCUUCGGCUUCCAGCCCUUGGCGGCGCGGGAGGCAGACGGCUGGCGGCAGCUUGCCCUGCGCAGCGGCGACGCAGUCUUUUUGGUGAACGAGGGCGGGGGGCGCGGGGAGCCGCUGUACGGCUUGGACCCGCGUCAUGCCGUGCCCAGCGCCGCCAACCUGUGCUUCGACGUGGCGGACGCGAGCGCCGCCGCCCGGGCGCUGUCCGCGCGAGGCUGCAGCGUGCCAGUGCCCCCUGUUAGCGUGCGGGAUGCGCAGGGCACGGCCACCUACGCCGUGGUCAGCUCACCUGCAGGCAACCUCAGCCUCACACUGCUGGAGCGCGCCGCCUUCCGCGGGCCCUUUCUGCCCGGCUUUGAACCAGUACCCUCCGCAACCGGCGCGGGCUGGGUCAGCCACGUGGACCACCUGACCCUGGCCUGCACCCCCGGCAGCUCCCCAACACUGAUGCGCUGGUUCCACGACUGUCUAGGCUUUCGCCACCUGCCACUGAGCCCAGGUGAGGAUCCAGAGCUGGGCCUCGAGGUGGCAGCAGGGUCUGGACGCGGGGGGCUGAAGCUUACCGCCCUGCAAAUCCCGCCAGGCAGCGCCGUCCCCACCCUUCUGCUGGCGGAAUCCCUGCUAGGGGCCGCCAACGGACAGGACCAGAUAGAGCAGUUUCUGGCCCGGCACAGGGGGCCGGGCCUGCAGCACGUAGGGCUGUACACGCCCCACAUCCUGGAAGCCACUGAGGGUGUGGCCGUGGCUGGGGGGCAGCUCCUGACUCCUCCUUCGGCCUACUAUCUGCAGCCGGGAAAGGAAAGACAGAUCCUAGCUGCGGGGCAUGAGCCUAGCCAGCUGGCCCGACGGGGAAUCCUGCUAGAUGGCGAUAAAGGCAAGUUUUUACUUCAGGUCUUCACCAAGUCCCUCUUCGCAGAGGACACCUUCUUCCUGGAGCUGAUUCAGAGGCAGGGGGCCACAGGAUUUGGCCAGGGCAACAUCCGGGCCCUGUGGCAGUCGGUGCAGGAGCAAGCUGCCAGGGGCUGAGAAGCCUGAGGGCUGGAACUGGGUGCCGUCACCUCUCCUGGAGCCCUGGGGAGUCCAGCACCAGGCCUGCGGGAACUGAGAAACACCUAAGGGCCUGGAGUGAAAGACUUUGUCCCUAGGGGCCAGGUGUGGCCUCUAUCUUAGUACCUGCCAUAAGUUGAAUCUCUCACUGGGGUCCAAAGAGGUGGGACUUUUUUAAACUGUGAAACACUUUUUACACAGUCUAUAUUUAAUAUAUACAGAAGAUAUAAAUAAAGGAAUUACACGAUUAGGGAAUAGAACAUAACCAAUA